AUGGUGGACUUAAGGAACGGGAGCACAGUGACAGAGUUUAUCCUUGUGGGUUUUGAGCAGAGCUCCUCUUCUACUCGGGCAUUGCUCUUCGCCCUCUUCCUAGCCCUCUACAGCCUUGCCAUGGCCAUGAAUGGCCUCAUCAUCUUCAUCACCUGGACAGACCCCAGACUCAACAGCCCCAUGUACUUCUUCCUUGGCCACCUGUCCUUCCUGGAUGUCUGCUUCAUCACCACCACCAUCCCACAGAUGCUAAUCCACCUGGUGGUCAGGAACCACACUGUCUCCUUUGACUCAUGCUUGACCCAGAUGUAAAUGGUAUUAAGUGUAGGUGUGGCAGAGUGCAUCCUCUUGGCUUUCAUGGCCUAUGACCGUUAUGUUGCUAUCUGCCACCCACUCAGCUAUGGACAGAUCAUGAGCCGGCAGGUCUGUGUGAGGCUAGUGAGUUCAGCCUGGUUCUUUGGGCUGAUCAAUGGUAUUCUGCUUGACUACAUGACAUUUCGUGGUCCAUUCUGUAGAGACAACCACAUAGAAAACUUCUUCUGUGAGGCCCCCAUAGUGAUUGCCCUCUCUUGUGGAGACCCCCAGUUCAGUCUGAGAACGAUCUUUGCCGAUGCCAUCGUGGUGCUGCUCAGUCCCAUGGUGCUCAUCGUCACCUCCUAUGCCCGCAUCCUGGCCUCCAUCCUUGGCAGAGCCUCCUCCUCAGGUCGGGGGAAGACCUUCUCCACUUGUGCCUCCCAUCUGACUGUGGUCAUCUUUUUCUAUACCUCAGCCAUGUUCUCUUACAUGAACCCUCGCAGCACACAUGGCCCUGACAAAGACAAGCCUUUCUCCCUCCUCUACACCAUCAUCACCCCCAUGUGCAAUCCCAUCAUCUAUAGUUUUCGAAACAAGGAAAUGAAGGGGGCCAUGAUGAGGGCCCUUGGGAGGACCAGCCUGUCCCAGGCAGAAUCUGUCUAG